AUGGCUCAGGAUCCUCGCGCUCUGUUGCAGAAGGCAGACAAGACGCUCCAGAGCGCCAGCGGCGGCUUCAGCUUCUUCGGCGGCCGGGAGGACAAGUACCUGAAUGCCGCAGACCUGUACAUCCAAGCCGCGAAUGCCUUCAAGAUGCAAAAGCUCAACCGCGAAGCAGGCCAGGCCUUUGAGAAGGCAGCGCAGGUGCAGACCAACAACCUGAAGGAGCCCGACGAUGCGGCGAACACCAUGGUUGACGCCUUCAAAGCCUACCGCAAAGAUGACCCCGAAGCGGCUGUCCGCUGCCUCGACGUUGCCGUCAACCAGUACUGCGCCAAGGGUAACUUCCGCCGCGCCGCCGGACACAAGGAGGCGUUGGGUGAGCUGUUCGAGACGGAGCUUGGCGAUUCCAAGAGAGCCCUUGAGGCCUACGAGGCUGCGGCAGGGUGGUAUGAGGGCGAUAAUGCGGCGGCCCUCGCAAACAAGCUGUGGCUCAAGGUAGCAGACGUUGCGUCCCUUGAGGGCGACUACUACAAGGCAAUUGAAAACUACGAGAAAGUUGCAGCGGCCUCUAUCAACAACAACCUGAUGAAGUACAGCGUCAAGGACUACUUUCUCAAGGCCGGCAUAUGCCACCUCGCGACUGGCGACACUGUUGCCGCGCGCCGCGCCGUCGAGAAGUACGCCGACAUGGACCCCGGCUUCGCCCAGCAGCGCGAGUCCAUGCUCCUCAACGACCUGCUCGCGGCUGUCGAGUCCGGCAACCAGGAGGAGUUCACCGACAAACUGUUCCAGUACGACCAGGUCAGCAAGCUCGACAAGUGGAAGACGACGCUGCUUGUCCGCGUCAAGAACACCAUCGAGGAGCCCGAGAGCGAGUUUGCUUAA